AUGGCGGCGCCGAGCUCCAGUGGACUCGAGGUCCUCCUCAGCACAUUGCAGAAUGCCAUGAUCAACACAUGCACAGACAGACGGAUUCAUCACAUGAUAUCGAAAGGAGGCAGCGAGGCCCUGCUGACGGCUCUGGUGAACUCAGCCCGCAGCUUCACUCCCAAGUACACCAUCCUACUGCCGCUGCUGCACCUGCUGGCCAAGGUGGGCUACCGAGAUCGUCAGAUUGGUCUGAAAGCACAGAAGGCAGAUGCAGUUCUGCUGGUUCUGGGUUUGCUGCGGCAGAAUACAGAGAACGCCCGGAGAGCCGCGGCCUGUCUGUGGGUUCUCAGAGUCUUCUGCUCCUCUGAGAGGCUGCGGGUAAAGCGGAUUGACUAUCUUGAGGACAGAAUGGUGGUUUUGCGUCAGCGAGCUGCUGUCUGCUCCACCGCUGGGCUGUUUGUGCUCUCUUGCGAGGUCAACUGUCGGACUGCUGUUGCGAAAGGCUACAUUGCGGAUCUUCUGAAGCUGUACGAAGACUGGCACAACAAUGACGUCAACCUUAAGAACAUUCCUAUCCGUAGAGCCCUACUUCAUUGUCUGCAACGUGCCGCCAACUCAGCUGUGGGCAGAGACACCCUGGUCGCCGAAGGUGGCAUUAGUCUUCUCUUCCAGACCACUCAGACCUGCUUGACCAUGAAAGGCCUUGAAUCUCUGGCGGAAUCGGCGAUCCAGCUGAUGAGGAAGUGCAGUCCCAAAGUCCCUCUUCCACUGACCUCAGAUAAGAGCGCCUUCAGCUUUCCUCUUCCUGGGAGGCCUGUCGAUGACUGGGAUAUCCAGACACCACACAAGAGUUUUCCUGCUGGGCUGUUCUCACUAAUGAGUUUCCCGCCGCUUUUAUCUCGAACAAGGAAGCCAGAGAGCUGGGAAGGCCAAUAUCAGACCGAACGCAAUGAUUAUCUGUUUAUCGUAAUGAAUAAUGGCAGUUUAGAAGAUGACAAUGAUGAAGACGUGGAGAACGAGGAGCCAGACAACAGGGACUACGUGAGUGUUUUGAGAUUUGUUCUGGAGGAAGACGUGAGCGGCACCUUCAACCCAUGCACGCACGCACGCAUCACGAUCCUGCGUCCUUUGCAGCUUCUCUCUAACAAUCAUGUCUUCUAGGAUUUGGACUCCAGCUCUGAGGUCGAUGAAAGCUCAGAUGAUGACAGCACUCUGGAGGGAGACUUGAACGACAAGAUGCCGAGUGACCAGAGAGGCUCCGAUCUGCCUUCCGACCGAGAUGAAAAUCACCUCCGGACGAGUGACUUCCAUAAGCAUUACCUCAACUGCUCCAGGAAAAGCCAAGAAGGCCACUCGAGUAUGGUGGACAGGCUUCUGGAGAAGUACGGGAUCUGCACUCCCAACCACGAUCCACGUCUCUACACCGCCACUGCAGCCAAUACAAAGUCAAUAGCUGGAUACUCCAUCCUAGCCUUCCCUGACUUCUGGGGACACCUGCCCCCACAAGAGCACGAGCCCAUGGCUAAAAGACCACCACAUGUGCAGAGAAAGAAAGUUUUCGAAGACAUCCAGCGUCUCAUCUGUCCAGAGGACAUCAUCAACAAGGUUAUUUUUGACAUGGAUGAUCACAGUCCACAGUGUUCCCCCGAUAUGUGUCCCAGUUCCCUUCGCUUCUUCUCCCAGUUUGAGAGCGGGAACCUGCGAAAAGCCAUUCAGGUCCGCAGUCAUGAAUAUGAUUUGAUUCUCAAUGCUGAUGUCAACUCAUCUGCACACUGUCAAUGGUUCUAUUUUGAAGUAAGUGGCAUGGUGGACGGCGUGCCUUAUCGUUUCAACAUCAUCAAUUGUGAGAAAGGAAACAGCCAGUAUAACUAUGGCAUGCAGCCUGUGCUGUAUUCUGUUAGGGAGGCGCUGGAGGGCAGACCACACUGGGUGCGGACAGGCUCUGAAAUCUGCUAUUACAGAAAUCAUUUCUGUGCUAGAAGAGGUAAAAAAAGUUCUUUCUACACGCUGACAUUCACGGUGACCUUUCAUCAUGAAGAUGACGUGUGCUACUUGGCCUACCACUACCCUUAUACCUACACCACCCUUCAGACCCAUUUGAAAAUGUUGGAGAAGUCUGUAGACCCACAGAAAGUUUUCUUCAGGCAACAAAACCUCUGCGACACGCUGGCGGGAAACUCCUGCUCCUUAGUCACGAUCACAGCCUGCCCCACUUCCAGAGCCUGGAAACAUCUGCACCAGCUGCGUAACCGGCCAUGUGUGGUGCUGACAGCAAGGGUUCAUCCAGGAGAGAGCAAUGCCAGCUGGGCACUGAAGGGCACGCUGGAGUUCCUGUGCAGCAGUGGUCCUGUAGCCGAGAGCUUGAGAGAGGCCUACAUCUUCAAAAUCAUCCCCAUGCUCAACCCUGACGGGGUCAUUAAUGGCAAUAAUCGCUGUUCUCUCACCGCUGAGGACCUCAACAGACAGUGGCUGAAGCCGGACCCUAAUUUAAGCCCCACAAUUUACCACACCAAAGGCUUCCUCUAUUACCUCAACAGCAUAGGCAGGACUCCGCUGGUGUUUUGCGAUUACCAUGGUCACUCCAGGAAGAAGAAUGUGUUUCUGUAUGGCUGCAGUAUGAAGGAAACACUGUGGCAAUCUGGAUCUCCCAUUAACACAGCCACCCUGAAAGAAGACCCGGGAUACAGGACCAUCGCUAAAGCUCUGGACCGUAUAGCUCCUGCAUUCUCCUUCAACAACUGCAACUAUCUGGUGGAAAAGUCUCGGGCGUCCACAGCGCGGGUUGUUGUUUGGAGGGAGAUCGGAGUCCUCCGAAGCUACACCAUGGAAAGCACUUACAAUGGCUGCAAUCAAGGCAUCUACAAGGGGUUGCAGACAGGGACGCGGGAGCUGGAGGAGAUGGGAAUGAAGUUCGGCCAGAGUAUUCUCACCCUCAGGAGGAACGCCAUCCAUUAUAACAGCCAUCCGAUCCACCACGCAUCUGCCCUGUUGGACUUGGACGACAGGCUUCUCGACCACAAAUCCAAUAAUUGUUUCGAGGACGACGAGCCGCCCUGUAUGGAGGAGAUUGAAUACUCAUCCUGCAGCGACCCGUUUGGUGCCAACGAACUGGACACAGAGGUGAACGGUAACACUUCCAGCGAGGAAGAGGAUGAAGAAGAUGCAGAUAUCUGUAGGAACGGGAGACGGCGUAACGACAGGAAGUCCCACCUCGUUCCUCACUACUUGAAACAGAAUGCCCUGGAGACUCUGACAAUCAAGGGUGAACAGUGUAACGGCGUUGACAUCAGUAAUGGCUACUUAUAUUAGGCCUCUUUUGUUUGUCUUUUCUGUUAUUUAUAUUUUAUAUUAGCUUAUUUUAAGGGUGAUACUGAAAUAUUUAGUAUUUAGUCCAUGAAACAAAACAAGACAUGCACACCUGCAGAACAUUUACUAGUCCCACCUGCGCUCCCUGAUAUAAACUAUAUAAAUAUGUAUUUAAUGCAUAAAAAUGCACUUGAGUAUAUGAUUGUUGCAUAAUCCUAAUAGCGUCAUGAGCUCAUGCUUUGGUCUAUGCGGUGAGGCAUUGUGGGUUUGUUUACGAAUCGCUCUUACUGUAAACUAGAGGCUGAUAGAUUCCUGACAGAAGUACUCUGCUAUAUAACUGGUCUACCAAUGAAACUCGUAAGUAAACACUUGAUAUUGUAAGAUAGCACUGCAUAUAGAGUUUACCUUUAAUAAUAUAUUUAUUAUCUUACAUUGUGAAAAUCAGUAAUCAUGUAUGUUUUUAUGGUUAUUACACACACAAAGUGAUACACACAUAUGAGUAUAUAUUUGAAAAG